AUGAUACAAGGUCGUCUAUGGCGGUAUUUAUUAAUCUUUUUCGGAUUGUAUCUUAUACUUGGUUUGUUUCUUCUUCGUUCAUUUACUUCUGAUAAUCGUGAAACAACAACAACACCAUCUUCACCUAAUGUACGCAUACUUGAUAAUGAUGGUGAAGACCUGAAAAUUAAUCAACAUCAUAUUGCUGCAAGAGAAAUUAAUGCUAAUCAAAAUCAACAAGCAAAUUUAAAUUUAGAACCAUUUAUGACAAAAGGUGUAUUAGGCAAUUAUGAACCAAAACAUUUAGUUGAAUCAUCUGCUCCUGGUGAAAAUGGUGAAGGUGUUCAUUUAAAAGGUGAUGAUAUUAAAUUAGGAGAACAAUCUGUUGCAGAAUAUGGUUUUAAUGAAGUAGCAAGUGAGAAAAUUUCAUUAGAUCGUCGAGCACGUGAUACAAGACCAGAUGAAUGUAAAUAUUGGAAUUAUCCAAGUGUUGAUAAAUUACCAACAGCAUCAGUUAUUCUUGUUUUCUAUAAUGAAGGUUGGUCUACAUUAGUACGAACAAUUCAUUCUGUUAUUAAUACAAGUCCAAAAGAACUAUUAAAAGAUAUUAUUCUUGUUGAUGAUUAUAGUGAUCAAGAACAUAUAACUGUUCGUUUACCUGAAUAUAUUCAAAGAUGGAAUGGUCUUGUAAAAUAUGUUCGAACAAAACAACGUGUUGGACUUGUUGAAGCUCGUAUUAUUGGUGCUCAGACUUGUGAAGGUGAUGUUGUUGUAGUCUUAGAUGCUCAUUGCGAAUGUGUAACAAAUUGGUUACCACCGUUACUUACACGAAUUGCUUUAAAUCGUAAAACUUUAGCUGUACCUAUUGUUGAUGGAAUUGAAUGGAAUACUCUUCGACAUAAUAAAGCAUAUGGUGGUACACUUUAUAGAGGUAUAUGGGAAUGGGGAUUUUUAUAUAAAGAAGCUGAAUUACCAAAACGUGAAAGAAGUUUAAUGAAAUAUGAUACUGAACCAUAUAAAAGUCCAACGCAUGCUGGUGGUUUGCUUGCUAUCGAUAAAAAAUGGUUUUUUGAAUUGGGCGGUUAUGAUCCGGAUAUUAAAAUUUGGGGAGGUGAACAGUAUGAAUUAAGUUUUAAAGUAUGGAUGUGUGGUGGUCAGAUUGAAUGGGUUAGCUGCAGUCAUGUUGGACAUAUAUAUCGAGGUCCACGUAAACGUAAUGUUCAUCCUCAAAAUGCAAAGCCACAACAAAGUCAUAUAAAUCAUAUGCGUGUUGCUGAAGUUUGGAUGGAUGAAUAUAAACAAUAUUAUUUAAAUCGUCAUCCACAUCAUGCUCAUUUAGAUAUUGGUGAUACAAGUGCAUAUAAAGCAAUACGACAACGUUUAAAUUGUUCGAAUUUCCAAUGGUAUUUAGAUAAUGUUGCUUAUGAAAUGGCUGAAAAAUAUCCAUUACCACCAGCAAAUCUAGUAUGGGGUGAAAUGCGUAAUGAUAAUUAUACAAAAAUAUGUGCAGAUGCACUUCAAAAUCAAUAUGGUCGACCUAUUGGCAUCUCUGGUUGUCAUCAUCAAGGUGGUAAUCAAUUAUUUCGACUUAAUAUUGAAGGAGAAUGGUCAAUAGGUGAACAUUGUUUCGUAUCGGAAGGUGAAACUGUUAUUGCAAGACAUUGUGUACAAAUGGGUCGAUGGAUUCCGAAAGGUGAAUGGUCAUAUGAUAAACAAACACGGCAAAUUCGCUCAACAAAAGUUUAUAAAUGUGUCGCAACUGAUAGUAAACGUUUAUUUUUGGAAAAAUGUGAUGAAAAGUGUACAGCACAAAAAUGGACUUGAAUACCUGAACUACCACCCGUCGUUGAAGGUAGUGAUUCUUUAUUUUAUACGGAAACAUUUCCAUCAUUUGAACAUGCAACAUCACAAGCAGUUGUAAGUGGUGGCCUUCGAUUAUGUUCAGAAACUGAUACAGCUAUUCAACAACAUGUGGAUAAAUUAGCACAUGAUUCAUCAAAACCAACAUUUGAAUCUAUAUUUAACCCAAUUGAAGAUCUGAAUGUACCAUUUGAAACUGGCUAUUAUACAAUUCGUCAAUUAGCAUUAGUUAAACAAAGAAUAUUUGCAAAAUUAUAUUCAAAAUUCGAUAGUCAUUUUGGUGUUCAUCGAGAGUUUCGUUUUCAAGAUCCAACUCUUUUUAAUCUUGUUCAAGAACUAAAUACAAAUGAAAAACGAGCAAAUUUAAAAGAUUGGCAACAAACAUUAAUAAAUAUUUAUUUACAUUUUGGAAAAUUAAAUGGUUGUCAUUUAGAAAAUGAGGAACUUGAUCAAUUACAAUUACUUAAUGGAAAACUUAGUCAACAUCAAUAUAGUUUUUCCCAAAGACUUCUUUACAAUAAUAAAACAUUUACACAUCUUGAACUUGAUCCUUUUGCUUUUGAUGACGUACCAUAUCAUAUUAAACAACAAUUUGCUGUUGAUAAAGCUAAACCAGAUUCAGGACCAUGGAAACUUGAUUUAUCCGAUCGAACAUUUCAUACAAUAAUGACUUAUUCUGGUAAUCGACCAUUGAGAAAAUUAAUGUUUGAAGCUUAUUAUGGUCGUGCAUCACCAGUUGUCGAUCGAUUAAACCGAAAUGUAGAAAAUAUUGUUGAAAUAACUCGAAAACGAAAACUAAUAGCUAAAUUUCUUGGUUAUUCAUGUUUUGCCGAUAUUGUUUUACAAACUAAAAUGGCUCGUACAAAAGAAACAGUUCAAGAUUUUAUUGAAACAACUCGUUCAAAAUUAAAACCAGUACAUGAUGAAAAUAUUCGUGAAUUAACAGCAUAUGCUCAACAAAAAGCUAAGAAAUCAAAAGAAUAUGAUCAAUUACAAGCAUGGGAUAUUGCUUAUUGGCGUCAACAACAAUGUCAAGAUUUAUAUUCAUCAUUAAAAAUUGAUUCAUUACAAAUAAGUCGAUAUUUUUCAUAUGAAAAUGUUUUAAAAGGACUUUUCAAUUUCGUUGAAACACUUUUUAAUGUUAAAUUUGAAUUAGACAAUAAUGUUGAUGAACAAUAUAAAUGGCAUAACGAUGUACAAGUCUAUAAAUGUAUAGAAAAUGAAACUACGAUUGGUCAUUUAUUUAUUGAUGCAUUUGCUAGACCCUAUGAAAAAUCAGAAAUAUGUAUUGGUACAGCAGGUCGAGAUCGUUGUCAACGACAUAAUAUCUUACCAAUUGCUUAUCUUAAUAUGAGUUUACCACGAAUUGAAGGAACAGCGACUCUAAUGACAUUAUCACAACUCAAAGAAAUGUUUUUUGCUUUUGGUCGUAAUCUUCAAAUUCUUCUUAGUCGAUCACCAAAUCAUGAAUUAUCUGGUAUACGUAAUCUUGAAGCUGAUGCACUUGAUAUUGUUCCACAUUUUUUUGUUCAAUGUCUUCGUGAUCCAAAUAUUCUUUCGUAUAUAAGUAAUAAUGUUGAAACAAAACAAAAACUUGAUGUUUCAAUUUAUAAUCGUGCUUUAAAUCAAAUUGAUCAACAUAUGAUAACACAUGAUGUUCUUCGACAAUUAUAUUUAAGUGCAUUUGAUCUUGAAAUUCAUACGAAUGCAACAAAUUAUUAUGAUGCGAUGGUUAAAUUAUGGCCAUUAUUUACACCAAUACCAUUACAUAAUCGUGAUUUUCAUCCAUGUAGUUUUGAACAGAUCUAUUGUGAACAAUUAGCAUCAGCUUAUUAUUCACAUAAAUGGUCAGAAAUGAUUGCAUGUGAUUUAUUUAAUGCUUUUAAAGAAGUAGGAAUAAAUAAUAAAGAUCAAAUUUCUGUACUUGGAAAAAGAUUUCGUGAAACAAUCUUAGCUAGAGGUGGUACAAUUAGUAUGAGAGAACUUUUUCGAGAAUUUCGAUCACGUGACCCAAGCUAUGAACAUUAUAUUCAAAGAUUAACCACUCAAUUUUAG